AUGCCCACCAUGCGGAGGACCGUGUCGGAGAUCCGGUCCCGCGCCGAGGGUUAUGAGAAGACUGAUGAUGUUUCGGAGAAGACGUCACUGGCUGACCAGGAGGAAAUAAGGACUAUAUUCAUCAACCAGCCCCAGCUGACAAAAUUCUGCAAUAACCAUGUCAGCACUGCAAAAUACAACAUAAUCACAUUCCUUCCAAGAUUUCUCUACUCUCAGUUCAGAAGAGCCGCUAAUUCAUUUUUUCUCUUUAUUGCGCUGCUCCAGCAAAUACCUGAUGUAUCACCAACAGGUCGCUAUACAACACUGGUUCCUCUCUUAUUUAUUUUGGCUGUGGCAGCUAUCAAAGAGAUAAUAGAAGAUAUUAAACGACAUAAAGCUGAUAAUGCGGUGAACAGGAAACAGACUCAAGUUUUGAGAAAUGGUGCUUGGGAAAUUGUGCACUGGGAAAAGGUGGCAGUAGGGGAAAUAGUGAAAGUGACCAAUGGGGAGCAUCUCCCAGCAGAUCUCAUCAGCCUGUCCUCAAGUGAGCCACAGGCCAUGUGCUACAUUGAAACAUCCAACUUAGAUGGUGAAACAAACCUGAAAAUUAGACAGGGCUUACCAGCAACAUCAGAUAUAAAAGACAUUGACAGUUUGAUGAGACUCUCUGGCAGAAUUGAGUGUGAAAGUCCAAACAGACAUCUCUAUGAUUUUGUUGGAAACAUAAGGCUUGAUGGACACAGCACUGUCCCCCUGGGAGCAGACCAGAUUCUUCUUCGAGGUGCUCAGCUGAGAAAUACACAGUGGGUUCAUGGAAUAGUUGUCUACACUGGACAUGACACUAAGCUAAUGCAGAAUUCGACAAGUCCGCCACUUAAACUCUCAAAUGUCGAAAGGAUUACAAAUGUGCAGAUUUUGAUUUUAUUUUGUAUUUUGAUUGCCAUGUCUCUUGUCUGUUCUGUGGGCUCGGCCAUUUGGAAUCGAAGGCAUUCUGGAAGGGACUGGUAUCUCAAUCUAAACUAUGGUGGUGCUAAUAAUUUUGGACUGAAUUUCUUGACCUUCAUCAUCCUUUUCAAUAACCUCAUUCCUAUCAGCUUGCUGGUGACAUUAGAAGUGGUGAAAUUUACCCAGGCAUACUUCAUAAAUUGGGAUCUUGACAUGCGCUAUGAGCCCACCGACACUGCCGCUAUGGCUCGGACCUCUAACCUGAACGAGGAGCUUGGCCAGGUAAAAUAUAUAUUUUCUGACAAAACUGGUACUUUGACGUGCAAUGUCAUGCAGUUUAAGAAGUGCACCAUAGCCGGAGUGGCUUACGGCCAUGUCCCUGAACCCGAGGAUUAUGGCUGCUCUCCUGAUGAAUGGCAGAGCUCACAGCUUGGAGAUGAAAAAACAUUCAGUGAUUCAUCAUUGCUGGAAAACCUCCAAAAUAAUCAUCCCACUGCACCAAUAAUAUGUGAAUUUCUCACAAUGAUGGCGAUAUGUCACACAGCAGUACCGGAGCGGGAAGGUGAUAAGAUUAUUUACCAGGCAGCAUCUCCAGAUGAGGGAGCCUUGGUCAGAGCAGCCAGGCAGCUGAAUUUUGUUUUCACUGGAAGAACGCCUGACUCAGUGAUUAUAGAUUCACUGGGGCAGGAAGAAAGAUAUGAGUUGCUCAAUGUCUUGGAGUUCACCAGCGCUAGAAAGAGAAUGUCAGUGAUUGUUCGCACUCCAUCCGGGAAGUUACGACUUUACUGCAAAGGAGCCGACACUGUAAUUUAUGACCGACUGGCAGAAACUUCAAAAUACAAAGAAAUUACCCUAAAACAUUUGGAGCAGUUUGCUACAGAAGGGUUAAGAACCUUGUGCUUUGCCGUGGCUGAGAUUUCAGAGAGCGACUUUCAGGAGUGGCGAGCCGUCUAUCAGCGUGCAUCCACAUCUGUGCAGAACAGGCUGCUCAAACUCGAAGAGAGCUACGAGUUAAUCGAAAAGAAUCUUCAACUACUGGGAGCUACAGCCAUUGAGGAUAAAUUACAAGAUCAAGUGCCUGAAACCAUAGAAACUCUAAUGAAAGCAGACAUCAAAAUCUGGAUCCUCACAGGAGACAAGCAGGAAACUGCCGUUAACGUUGGACACUCCUGCAAACUUCUGAGGAAGAACAUGGGAAUGAUUGUUAUAAAUGAAGGCUCUCUUGAUGGAACACGGGAAACUCUCAGCCGUCACUGCACUACCCUGGGUGAUGCCCUUCGGAAGGAGAAUGACUUUGCUCUUAUAAUUGAUGGGAAAACCCUCAAAUAUGCCUUAACUUUUGGAGUGAGGCAGUAUUUCCUGGACUUAGCUUUAUCAUGCAAAGCUGUAAUUUGCUGCAGGGUUUCUCCUCUUCAAAAAUCUGAAGUUGUUGAGAUGGUUAAGAAACAAGUUAAAGUCAUAACAUUGGCCAUUGGUGAUGGAGCAAAUGACGUCAGUAUGAUACAGACAGCCCAUGUCGGAGUAGGAAUAAGUGGCAAUGAAGGCCUUCAGGCAGCUAAUUCUUCUGACUACUCUAUAGCUCAGUUCAAAUAUUUGAAGAAUUUGUUGAUGGUGCAUGGUGCCUGGAACUAUAACAGAGUCUCCAAGUGUAUCCUGUAUUGCUUCUACAAGAAUAUAGUCCUCUAUAUUAUCGAGAUCUGGUUUGCCUUCGUGAAUGGCUUUUCUGGACAGAUCCUCUUUGAGAGAUGGUGCAUAGGUCUUUAUAAUGUGAUGUUUACAGCAAUGCCACCCUUAACUCUGGGAAUAUUUGAGAGGUCAUGCAGAAAGGAGAACAUGCUGAAGUAUCCUGAAUUAUACAAAACGUCUCAGACCGCCCUGGACUUCAACACCAAGGUUUUCUGGGUUCAUUGUUUAAAUGGCCUCUUCCACUCAGUUAUUCUGUUUUGGUUUCCACUAAAAGCCCUUCAAUAUGGCACUGUAUUUGAAAAUGGGAAGACGUCUGAUUAUCUGCUGUUGGGAAACUUUGUCUACACAUUUGUGGUGAUAACUGUGUGCUUGAAAGCUGGAUUGGAGACAUCAUAUUGGACCUGGUUCAGCCACAUAGCCAUCUGGGGCAGCAUCGCUCUCUGGGUGAUAUUUUUUGGAAUCUACUCAUCUCUGUGGCCUGCCGUUCCGAUGGCCCCUGAUAUGUCAGGAGAGGCGGCCAUGUUGUUCAGUUCUGGUGUCUUUUGGACGGGCCUGUUGUUUAUCCCUGUGGCCUCCUUGCUCCUCGACGUGCUAUAUAAGGUUAUCAAGAGGACUGCUUUUAAAACAUUAGUAGAUGAAGUUCAGGAGCUGGAGGCAAAAUCUCAAGACCCAGGAGCAGUUGUGCUUGGGAAAAGCCUCACAGAGAGGGCGCAACUGCUCAAGAACGUCUUUAAGAAGAACCACGUGAACUUGUACCGGUCAGAAUCACUGCAACAAAACCUGCUCCAUGGGUAUGCUUUCUCUCAAGACGAAAAUGGAAUCGUCUCACAGUCUGAAGUGAUCAGAGCAUAUGACACCACGAAGCAGAGGCCUGAUGAGUGGUCAUGA